AUGACCGUAUCAGGGAGCGUAUCGAAGCCAGUCCAAACACGAAUAAUAUUCUUGGAAGAAGGCGCUCAUCUGGAGUCUGUUGUGAUCCGACUUUGUAAAGGAUGGAUCGUACGUUUUGUUCGUGGAGCAAGUUUGCUUGGUCGUGACGUGAGGUUAACGACCUCGCUGAGUGGUGAACUUAAGUGGUCGGAUGAUGCAGACGAUUUGGCUGCAUGCGCUCAGGUGGUGUGCACGAAAGCUGGAGCUUUUUCGUACGAAUUCUUCGUGGACGGAAAUUUCGAGAAAGCAUCAGGCAGUGGUUAUUUGCAAAUAGCACCCGAACUUGAGGUCGCUGGACGAUCGCUACCGUUGGAUUCCGUGAUUUGUCAAACGCAUUUGGCUAAGUUACUGGGACCUUUACCGGAAUGGGAAGAUCGGUUAAGAGUAGCAAAGGAAUCCGGAUAUAACAUGAUUCAUUUCACACCAGUUCAUGAAUUGGGCAUCUCAAACAGCAGUUAUUCAAUCGCAAAUCCGUUACGACUGAAUCCGGCAUUUUCGACUGCGACUAAGAAAUACACUCUAAAUGAUGUUGGUGCGUUGGUGGAGAAAAUGGCCAAAGAAUGGGGUGUUCUGUCAAUUCAAGAUGUCGAACAUCCCGAAUGUGCGUAUAACUGUGCAAAUUCACCGCAUCUGAGACCAGCGUAUGUGAUGGAUCGCUUGUAUUAUCAUUUCAGUCGUGAAAUAGCUGAUGGCAAGUGGACUGAUCAAGGCUUACCACCUUUCAUUGAGAAUGACCAGCAUCUAGAGGCUUUACGUAGAAUUCUAACCGAAAAGAUAGUGCCUCGUGUACGAUUGGAAGAAUUUUUCAAAAUUGAUGUGGAGAAAACUGUGAAAGAGUUCGAGGAAAUUGUUAAAAAAGGACCAUCUGAAGAUACGCUCGAUGAGAAUUUACCGUUGGAAGUGGGCAAAGAAUGGACACGAUUCGGAUUUACUUUGGAUAUGCAACGAGCGCGUAGGAUUUUCAAUAGAAAUAGAGGAGAUGCUUGUUCGGAAGAGGAUCGGCAAUAUAAAUGUAUCGAAGCAUUGCGUAACCAUUUACAUCAUCUGAAUAAAGAAGCUGACGGUAUUGCUGCGGAUAUUUGUGCGGCUGGAGUUAAUGCGGCUUUGGGACAUGUCGCCUAUGAGAGGGUUAAUCCGCAAGGACCGAGAAGACGUGAAUUGACAGAGACGUUUCCAUUGUUGACGACAUACUUUUUGCAUAAAUUUCCGUCGAACUCGUGGGAAGAGGAUGAACAUUACGCGUACGAUGAAGCAACUGCCAAGCAUUUGAUGGCGUUCAACGGAUGGGUGAUGAAUGAUGACCCACUGAGGAAUUUCGCACUUUAUCCAUCACAGGUGUAUUUGAGACGUGAACUGGUGUGUUGGGGUGAUUGUGUGAAGCUGAGAUAUGGAGAUAAACCCGAGGAUUGCCCGUUCUUGUGGAAUAUGAUGAAGGAGUACAGCCAGACUUGUGCACGCAUAUUCCAUGGUGUUCGCAUCGACAACUGCCACAGCACACCGAUUCACGUGGCCGAGUACCUGCUGAAAGCAGCUCGAGAGGUACGACCUGAUUUGUACGUGGUAGCUGAACUGUUCACGGGCGGUGAACAGCUCGACAAUAUCUUUAAUGCACCUGACAGUCAUGAGCAAGGUCGAUUGGUGUAUCGUUUCGGUGGGGAUGUGGUGGGAGCGUUUAUUCAAAGACCUGUACAGCCUGCAUCUUCGAUCGUUGCUCACGCAUUGCUCUAUGAUCAGACGCACGAUAAUCCGUCUCCGAUUGAGAAGAGGUCAGUUUAUGAUACGUUGCCGACGAGUGCGAUGGUGGCGAUGGCGAGUUGCUCGAAUGGUUCGACGCGUGGAUAUGACGAGUUGUUGACAUUUAAGAUUUUGAUUGACUUCGUUAAAGAUUUUAUCAUCUCGUUUAGAAUGUUAACGGAAAGUUACAAAACUCUCCGAGAGAAUUCUGAGGUUGAUGUUGUCAAAGAGAAACGACUGUACGCAAAAUGGGGUGAAGUUAAUGCUGAAACAGGCAUUAUUGGAGCACGUGCAGUGAUUAACAAACUUCACACUUGGUUGGGGGAUAAUAAUUACACUCAGGUAUUUGUUGAUCAAAUGAACUUCGAUAUCGUGGCCAUAACAAGACACAAUCCAAAGACACACGACACAGUUGUGUUGGUAGCGCAUACAGCGUUCAAGAAGGAUGCGAUUUGUUUGAAUAGACCACCAGUUAGGGAUGUAUACUUUCAGGGUUCCUUGGAUGAAAUAUUAUUCGAGGCACAAAUACAUGCGAAAGAAGGUUUUGAACAAGAAAUGGAAGAUGAAACAAAACUGAGCGGUCUGCGAGGAUAUAGCGUUAUGUUGAGAGAGCAUGUGAAACCAGAGGAUUCGGUCUUAACGACAGUUCAUUUGACUGGUAAUGGUGCUGAGGGUGGGGGAAUAGGACAUAUCGAGUUGACAAAUUUCGUGGCUGGCUCGGUGAUCGCGUUCAAGAUAUCGCCACCCAAGCCAGCAGUACAGAAUAUAGCACAAAUAACGAAGAUGAUAAAUGGUGGCGAUAUGCAGUUGGACAAAGAGUUGCAUGCGGCUCUGGAACGUUUGUCAGUGCAGUCAUUCAAUCGAGUCUUAUUCCGGUGUGAGGCAGAAGAACAGGACGAUUACGGUUCGGGCACGUACCAUAUACCCAACUUUGGAUCGUUCGUUUAUUGUGGUCUUCAAGGUUUAAUGCCCGUUCUGAAUCGCAUUCGUGAGAAGAAUGAUUUGGGACAUCCGUUGUGCGGUAAUUUGCGUGAUGGUGUGUGGUUAUGUGAAUACAUCGUGAAGCGUUUGACGAGAUACGAACCAACCAAAGAAUUGGGUUUGGUCAUUGAGAGGAUGUUUGAGCCGUUGAAAGAAGUGCAAUACUAUCUAAGACCAUGCUAUUUCGAGGCGAUAUUCUCGAGAAUUUAUAACGCAACGCUGGAAGAGUUGAAGAAGAAACUGCAUCCAUCGCUGUUGACCGCCUCAAAAUUUGUACGUGCCCUGGCACUGUCCUCAGUUUCGUUUGUGGGUGCAGUCGAAAGUGCGAAACUGUCACCAUUGUCUACUUCGAUUCAUCUAUCGGACCGUUUGCCAUCAUCAUUGGCUGCUGGAUUGCCGCACUUCGCAGUGGGUAUCUGGAGGAAUUGGGGUCGUGAUACGUUCAUUGCACUACCUGGAUGCUUGCUGGUCACUGGAAGAUAUGAUGAUGCGAGGAAUUUGAUAGUGUCGUACGGAGGUGCAAUGCGUCAUGGUCUCGUACCGAAUUUACUCGCCGAAGGUCAAACUGCUCGUUACAAUUGUCGUGACGCGGUUUGGUUUUGGUUAUAUGCGAUCGUCAAAUAUAUUCAGAAAGCUCCGAAUGGUAUUAAGAUUCUUACUGAUCGUGUCCGUCGACUGUAUCCGCAUGAUGAUGCUGUUUAUGGUGCGGAUGAAAAGGAAGAAGAACUGCACGAAACAAUGUAUGAUGCGCUUCAGCGACAUUUCCAAGGAAUCUGCUUCCGUGAGAGGAAUGCAGGACCGCAGAUUGACGAGCAUAUGACUGAUUCAGGUUUCAACGUGAGUGCCUACGUAAAUCUCGAAAAUGGUUUCAUCUACGGAGGAAACCAAUGGAAUUGUGGUACUUGGAUGGACAAAAUGGGUAGUUCCGAGCGAGCGGGUAAUCGCGGACAGCCGGCAACCCCGCGGGACGGGGCCGCUGUAGAACUACAAGGCUUGGCCUAUGCAGUUGUCGAGUAUUUGGACAUACUGCAUCAGAAAGGACACUUCCCGUAUGACGGUGUUCAGAAGGGCACAACGAAGUGGUCGUGGAGAGAGUGGGCACAAAAAAUAAAGGGAAACUUUGAACGGUGUUUCUUUGUUGAUGAACACGAUGAGACGAGAUGUGUGAAUAGACGUUUCAUAGUGAAAGAUACUUAUGGAUCGACUUUCGAGUACACAGAUUAUCAGCUGAGACCAAAUUUCGCAAUUGCAUUGGCUGUGGCCCCAAAACUGAUGUCUGCAAAGAACGCAUGGUCAGCCAUAUGCAUCGCUGAAAAGGAGUUGCUUGGUCCGCUUGGAAUCAAGACUCUCGAUCCGAAAGAUUGGAAUUACGAUGGUUUUUACAAUAACGAUGACGAUAGUAUUGUGAAGAAAACAGCGAAGGGUUGGAAUUACCAUCAAGGACCGGAAUGGGUUUGGGUAGCAGGCUAUUUCUUGCGCGCUAAACUAUCGAUAGCGAAGGAACUGAAUGAUCCGGAAGUGUACGAUAAGGCUGUGAGGAGUGUGCGAGCCCGCAUGGGUCUCUACUGGCAACACGUACAAGAGUCAGCGUGGAGGUCGCUGCCUGAACUGACAAACGAAGGGGGUGCAUUUUGUGCAGGGUCAUGCCCCGCACAAGCGUGGUCCGUUGGUUGUCUACUGGAAACUGUCGAUCAACUCUAUAACUAUCAUUGA